GAAAACAAAAACACGCGGUUUUUCACCGAGAGUCCUUCCUCGAUUGUAUUCGCUAAUUUUGUAGAAAUUAAGGAUCAAGAUCCUUGCCAACCAUGGCGGACGACGCAGAUCAUGGAGAUAAAAAGAAGGCCCACAAAAAACGGCAUUCCGGAGUGAAGGCCGAUAAGAAAAAGGCGAAAAACAAGCCGACCGAUCGCACGAAAAAUCCGAAAGCCUUCGCUAUCACCAAGGCACGGUCGGCGGAGAAGCGGUUCCGGCGUAAGGAAGAUAUCAUUACGAAGAAGCAGCACAUUCCGCUCGUCGAUAAAACACCGGAAGAGCCUCCGCCGGUACUCGUCGCGGUCGUCGGUCCGCCGAAGGUGGGCAAAACCACGUUGAUAAUGAAUUUGAUCAAAAACUUUACCAAAACCAACGUGCACAACGUUUCGGGUCCGAUUACGGUGGUCACGUCGAAGAAGCGGCGCAUCACGCUGAUCGAGUGCAACAACGACAUCAACAGCAUGAUCGACAUCGCCAAGAGUGUCGAUUUGGUGCUGCUCAUGGUUGAUGCGAGCUUCGGGUUCGAGAUGGAGAUCUUUGAGUUUCUCAACAUCUGCCAAGUGCACGGAAUGCCAAAGAUUAUGGGCAUCCUCAACCAUCUCGAUAUGAUCAAGAACGCAAAGACGCUCAAAAUGCAGAAAAAAGUGCUGAAACAUCGCUUCUGGACGGAAGUGUACGAUGGUGCGAAGCUGUUCUACCUCUCCGGACUCAUCCACGGCGAGUAUCUGAAGAAUGAGAUCCGGAAUUUGGGUCGCUUCAUUUCGGUCAUGAAAUUCCGACCACUGACAUGGCGCGGAGCGCACAGCUAUCUGGUCGCCGAUCGAAUGGAGGACAUUACCAAUACGGAGCAAAUACGCAUUAACCCCAAGUGUGAUCGAGAGGUCGUACUUUAUGGGUACGUCCGUGGCGUACCGCUAAAGAAGGAAAACAUGGUGCACAUCGCGGGCCUUGGGGAUAUGCAUAUCGACGAGCUGAGUGCGCUGCCCGAUCCCUGUCCGUUGCCUUCCCGUGAAAAGAAACGAAAUCUUCUGGAAAAGGAGCGACUGCUGUACGCGCCCAUGUCCGGUGUGGGAGGCAUCGUGUACGAUAAGGAUGCGGUCUACAUCGAACUUCAGGGUUCGCAUAGCCACAAGAGUGCACCGAAAAACGCAGAACAGCAGCAAAUUGUUGAAUCGUUCAUUGGGAAGAAGGAAACAUUCGAUGUGACGAUCGACAAUCAGGAGUUUCGGUUGUUCAGCGAUGGAGAUGUGAUCAAGUCGAGUGAGUUUGUGGACAAAACGCGCAAGACUGCUACGUCAGAUGAUGAGGAGGAAGACGCGGAUGACGAUGAUGAUCAGCUGCAGAGUGAGGAGGAUUCUGGAUUGGAAGAUUCAGGCGAUGAGGCAACGAAUGGAAAAGGGGCUCGCUUGGGUUGGAUUCCGGAACAAGAGGAAGAUGGUGAAGAUGAUGAUCAAUCAGGCAGUGGGUCAGAUGAUGAGGAUGAUGACGAUGACGACGAUUUCCUCGUCAGCAAGCGGAGUGGAUAUCUUUCAUCUGACGAUGAGAAUACGGCGGCCGGAGAGAAUACUAUGGCGUGGAAGGAUGGAUUAGCAGAAAGAGCCCGCAGAGAGUAUCUCGAACGUCAGGCAACCACCAAGAACCUCAUGAAGAUCGUGUACGGUGUAUUCAGUAAGGCUCACCAGCGUGCGAAGGCAAAGGCAGCACAAGAAGCGGCAGAAGGUGGUUCAGAAGAGGAGGAAGAAGAAGACGAGGGAUUGCUUGGUGGCAUCUUUAAGAGCCUAGCUCAGAAGCAGGCCGAUCUGCAGAAGAAAAAGUCCAUCCAGGACGUGGAUGAAUGUUGCUUCUUCGAGGAGUACGGCGAUGGUGUGCGCGAUUGGACGACGGACGAGAACAAAGAGCUAAUCAAAAAUUGUUUCGUUACUGGCAAAUGGAAAGCAUCGGAAGAUGCGGAAGAGCUGCUGCAGCUGGACGACAUGAGCGAUGGCGACAGUGAGGUGUACGGUGAUUUCGAGGACCUUGAAACGGGCGAAAAACAUCAAGCAUCCAAGGGAGCCAAGGGCGCACCGGCUAAGGAUGGGAAGGAAAAGGAAGGAGAAGAGUCGAAGGAAGGCGCGGAAGAGUCUUCCGCCUUGGGAAAGCGAAAAAUAUCGCGAAUAGAAGAGAAGAACAUGACGCGUGCGGAGCUGAUGGCUAAGAAGAUGAAGCUGAAGGCAAAGUUCGACUCGGAGUACGACAAUCCGGAGAAGGAUGAUCAGCACAUCGAGGGCGAUCAUCAGUACUACGAGAAGCUGAAGGCGGACGCACUACGCCAAUCGGAACUGAACAAGAAAGAGUUCUCGAAGCUCGACGAGGAUGUUCGGCUUAACAUUGAGGGCCACCGGGCCGGUCUGUAUGUCCGCAUGAGCUUCCGUAAUGUGGCGGCCGAGUUUGUGACUCACUUCGAUGCAAACUAUCCGAUCCUGAUCGGAGGGUUGAACAUGGCCGAGGAAAAUGUGGGUUUCGUGAGCUGCAAGGUGAAGAAGCACCGUUGGUACAAGAAAACGCUGAAAACCGGUGAUCCGCUGAUUGUAUCCCUCGGUUGGCGUCGAUUCCAGACGAUACCGAUCUACGCCAAGGUGGAAGAUGACUUCAAACACCGUUAUCUGAAGUACACACCGAACCAUGUGACGUGCAGCAUGAGCUUCUGGGGUCCCAUAACUCCACAGAACACUGGCUUCAUGGCGAUUCAAUCGGUGGCGUACGAUCAGAAGGAAGUGCGCAAGCUCGGUUUCCGUGUGGCAGCUACCGGAGCGGUCAGCGAGACGGACAAGUCGGUGGAAAUUAUGAAGAAGCUAAAGCUGAUCGGUACACCGAGUAAAAUCUACCAGAAAACGGCCUUCAUUCAGGGAAUGUUCAACUCAACGCUGGAGGUCGCGAAAUUCGAGGGUGCCAAGAUACGCACGGUGUCCGGUAUUCGAGGUCAGAUCAAGAAAGCGUGCCCGCCGGAAGGUUCGUUCCGUGCUACGUUCGAAGAUCGCAUCCAGCUCAGCGAUAUCGUGUUCUGUCGAACGUGGUUCAAGGUGAAAGUACCGACGUUCUACGCACCCGUCACGAAUUUGCUGCUACCUCCGGAGCAGAAAUCACAAUGGAUCGGCAUGAAAACGCUCGGACAGUUGAAGCGCGAGAAAGACCUUCAUUUCGAGGCGAAGGAGGACAGUUCGUACAAACCGAUCGUGCGAGAAAAGCUCGCUUUCCGGCCGCUGACCAUCCCGAAGAGUCUACAGAAGGCGCUACCCUACAAGGACAAACCGAAGCUGGGACCGAUCAAUCCGAAAAAAUCCAUCGAAAGUGAACGCGUCGCCGUGAUUCAAUCACCUCACGAGCAAAAGGUCGCCAAGAUGAUGAAGAUGAUUAGAACGAACUACAAGACCAAACAGGUAAAACAGCAGCGAUUGGGACGGGAAAGAACGAAGCAAUACAAGAAACAGAAGCUAAAUGAAGACUUCCGGAAACUUCAGCGGCAGAAGGAGCUGAAAAAGAAGGUAUUCAAGGCGAUUAGCAAAAUGGAUGCUCAGAAUGAGGAUAAGCAAAAGAAUGGAAGGAAAUAAGAAAGUGCAGUGCAGUAAAGCUGUUCUCAGUUUCUGCGCCCAUACUGGAGGAAGUUAAUUAGUAAAAUAAACUUCUACUGUUUAUCAAACGA